ACUUAGAUGGGAGUUGAAAUCCCUCAAGCUGUACGAAUUGGUCUUGCGAGAUUUGAAAGGAAUGAAAAAGCGCUUAUUCGACUCCUAUCAGUGUUUUCCCCGCAAUCGACAAAUGCGCCUUCGUUUAUGAUCACAAUUUACAACAUUUUUUGUUUUAAGCUGUGUUCCGUAAACCAUGCUUGCAUCACCCCACUUCCAGGCCUCAUUUGCCCUUUGCUACUUCCUUCUUGGUCGAUUUAGUUUGGGCGCCACAUUGGAGUUUGACAAGUUUCGUGUCCUCCCAAGCAAGUAUGGAGAUCAGAACCUCGUCUUCCUAAGAAAAGCAACAUCGAAUGCUCCAGAUGUAAAUCAUGAUUUCAUAAGUGGCCUGAACUUGGAACAAAACCCAGCCUGGCUGCUUGCCGAGUUGUCCAGGUCAAUGUCCAUGGAGAUAUCUUCAAAUCCUACCGACGUCAACGAGGGAGGUGUAAAUACUUCCCCAACAAAUUUACCAGACUCAGGCCAAUCACAGUCAACUGUAUCAACCUCACCAACGUCCGCACCGUCCAUAUCUAUCUUUCCGUCCGUUUCGGCUGAACCGUCGUCUACUCCUUCUAUCUCUCAAGCGCCAUCGCUCUCAGUAGGUCCAUCAGUCGCGCCGUCCAUGACUAUCUUACCAUCCGUUUCGAGGGAACCGAGUUCUUCCUCAUCGAACUCUCUAGCACCAUUACUCUCAGCAGGUCCAUCCGUCGCGCCGUCCAUGUCUAUCAUGCCGUCCGAUUCGAUGGAACCGAGUUCUUCUCCUUCGAUCUCUCAACUGCCAUCGCUCUCAGCAGGUCCAUCGGCCGCGCCUUCCAUGUCUAUGUCACCAUCCGUUUCGAUGGAACCGAGUUUUACUCCUUCCACAUCUAAAGCGCCAUCGCUCUCAGCUAUUCCAUCGGAUACUCCGUCUCUAUCCUCGCUACCAUCCGAUACCCCGUCCAAUAUUCCAUCCAGAGAGCCCUCUGGGCAGCCGUCGCCGUCUCUCUUUCAAAACGAUGCAAUAUUUACAUGCACUGACGCUGGUGUGAACAUUGCCCAGCUUCCAGUUGCCGAACUUACCGGAAUCGAUAUUCGAGUUGGAUAUGUCGUGGAAUCCUUGUCGGAUUUUGUGGAUUUUGAAGUUGCCUUAGAACGCAAUAUCCUAGCUGCGGCAACUGUGGGGGUAUUAGACUGCAUUGAUGGAGGUCCAGUCUUUGGGGUUGGUGGAGAGGUACCUUCAGUGGAGAUGAGUACCAUUGAGACACCUGGAGUGGCCUGUAUUCCAGAAUUUUCCAGUUGUACAACUUACCAAACAACAUUUCAAAUCGUAGUGGACAAGAGUGUAGACCCCGAUCUUGCUGCGUUCUUGGCAUAUGUCCGAUUGCAGGAGAAUAUGGAUGGAGGAAGCUUUACAAGAGAUAUUCUGAUGCUGGAUCGUAUCGAAUAUGCAAGUCCACUACCACUGCUCCCCCCAAUUACAGCCCCAAUUUCCACUCAGCCACCGGCUUCAGGAACACGAGAAGGUUCUCUCACUGUUUCACCGUGGACAAUUGGUGCAGUCUUGGCCAUGUGUAUGGGAGGCACUGUGGCCCUCUGGGCUUGGGCUCGCAAUCGGCAAACUCGAAAUCGUAGGCAUAUGCAGCUCCUUGAAGACAUGUCGGUAGCAGUUGGUGAAUCGCUUGGUUUCAACAACGGCCCGGGAGUGCUGUCAGCUGUAGCCAAGGUAGCGGUUGUAGUGGGCGCUGGGCUUGCGCUUUCCAAUGUUUUGGUUACAGUAGGACUGUUGGUGGCUACCGCAGCUAUUGGCGAGUCACUUGGCUUCACAGCUGACACUGGCGGUUUGCUUGUCGGUACUAAGGUAGUUGAAACUGUUGGAGACGCCGUCAUCGCAAGAGUGGGCGUACGCAAACCAGGUAUUCUUAUGGUAGGCCUUCUGCCGCGAGGACUACUAGGUAUCAUGGACGGUAAAGACGUGGGAAGUAAAGUAGGUCUUGAGCUUGGCUGCGAAGACACCGUCGGAGAUGCGCUUGGUAUCGAUGUAGGAAACUCGCUUGGGUGUUCACUGGGAAAUUUACUUGGAACAGCGGAUGGCACAAGGCUGGGUAAAGAACUCGGAGUUUGGGUUGGUUCUAUGCUGGGAACUGGACUUGGGAAAUUACUAGGAGAAUCGCUCGGAAAGUGGCUUGGCUCCAUGGAGACGGAAGGCAAGAACGAAGGAGUACCGGAUGGAGCAACACUUGGUUUAGCAGACGGCUCAGAGGAUGGAUCGGACGAAGGCAUCAUCGAAAUGGAGGGCGACGAGGAUGGUUGCGCUGAAGGCUGCACAGAAACAGUCGGAUCACUUGAUGGCACGGAGGACGGUGUAGAGGAUGGCAUCGUCGAGACACUCGGACUGCUCGAAGGAACCGACGAAGGAGAAAAGCUAAUCGAGGGAACUGAAGAGGGAGUACCAGAAGGAUACAUAGAGGGACUAGCGGACGGAACACGAGACGGGGACAUUGAUGAGCUUGGGAAAGCAGACGGCUCCUUGCUUGGAGAUGAGGUUGGAACGCUACUCGGAGCACCAGUCGGCAAAAAAGUAGGAGCCGUGCUAGGCUGGCGACUUGGCGAAGAACUCGGGUUUGAACUAACAACCAACGUAGGUGCGGAAGUUGGCUCAAAACUUGGGGUGGCGGAUAGAUUGGAAGCGACAACACCGGAUGGCGACGCAGUCGGCAGUCUAGAUGGAGGAAUCGAAGGUUUGCCGCUUACAGGCGAGUCGGAAGGCUCAGUGGUGGAAAUGUCAUCAGGAAUCUCUGUUGGACGAAAGGUUGUAGCAGAAGCUAGAUUUGAGGUCGAAUCAUAUGCGGUAAAUCCAACUGCCGGUGGGUCAGUGGUAGCGCUCGACGUCAAAAGAGUUGUUGGAACACUCGUGUUUGGCAUUCUUGUUGGAGUUUCUGUUGGCACCGGCGGUGUUCUUCCCAGAAGCGUCAUUCGAUCACUUCCUUCGACAAACGCUGUUGCAAGGGCUAGAAGCCCGAUAGCGAGUGGAUAAACAACCCUCAUAAAUUGGUGUCUGUAAAUCAAGCUCAAAAAUUUACACUGUGCUUUUUUAUGUCGAUGGGAUUGAUCUUUGACAAAGAU